AUGGCGAACUUCGAAGACGUGUUCUCUUUCCAAAUAUUUUUCAUUUUCCUGAGGGAGUCGCUGGAGAUAAUUGUCAUCAUCUCCAUUUUGUUAACAAUCGUAAAGCAAGCUCUGUUAUCUGAGGAAGAAGAAAAUGUUUCUGUUACCGAAGUGGAUGGUCCGCACGAAGGUACGAGGCUGACAGUCGAGGAAGAAGAAGUGGCGGCUGCUUCAAGUCCCGCCGAUGGGUCUUCCAGCCACUCGAGCGUCGAGUUCGACAACCGUCAGUUGUACCGUAAGCUUAAGAUUCAAAUCUUGUCUGGUGGCGCCUUGGGACUGCUGUGCUGUUUGUUAGUGGGAGGAGCAUUUAUCGUUGCAUUUUACAUAAUCGGUACAGAUCUGUGGUCGGCCAGUGAACACUACUACGAAGGCAUCCUCAGUACCGUGGCUUCCUUGAUCAUCUCUAUCAUGGGUUUGUUCUUCAUGAGAAUGGGUAAGCUCAGAGAGAAGUUCAGAGUGAAACUGGCUACUAUUAUCUACUCAGACCAUGGCAAAAUAUUACAAGAAACGGGUCAGAAAACCGUGAAGUUUACGGAGAAAUACGCUUUGUUUAUUUUGCCUUUUGUCACUUCUCUUAGAGAAGGCUUGGAAGCAGUCGUCUUCAUUGGUGGAAUAGGAAUUGAUCAACCACUUUCGUCAAUCCCUCUCUCCAUGCUAACCGCCACACUGAUCAGCUCGGUAUUCGGGUACUUCUUUUUCAAAUCUUCAGGAUCCUUUUCGUUGCAGAUAAGUCUUGUGGUCACCACAUGCUUUCUUUACAUUAUAGCAGCAGGGCUGUUCUCCAAGGGAGUUUGGCAGUUUGAGGUUCAGAGAUAUGUGGAUCUAUGCAACGGCCAAGAUAUGAGCGAAGUUGGAAGCGGCCCCGGGUCUUACGAUAUAUCGCGCUCAAUCUGGCAUGUUAACUGCUGCAACGGAGAGACGGACGGUUUAUGGAUGAUUCUGACAGCCAUUUUCGGGUGGACCAACAGUGCAACAUAUAGCUCUGUUCUGGCCUACAACGUGUACUGGUUAAUUGUGAUAGGCGCCAUUAAAACGCUGGCAAUAGAGGAAAAACGCGGCUACAUUCCCUUCUUACCGCUUAGACUACAGAAAAGACGUAUCCAAAAGAGACUCAACAUAACGAAAAAAGCGCUAGAUCUUCGCCGCUAUGCACUGGGGUCUUCUGCAAUGCCUGUUGAUAGUGCUGUUGGAAGGAGGCCGUCCAAAGAGAGUCAGGUUAGUUCUUCUCCUUUGAUCCAAGGCUUCCCGGGCGCUAUUACCACUACACACACAUAG